AUGCAGCCGACGUUUUCCUUCUUUGCCGCCGCUUUCGGCCGGCAGUCCGGGACGAUGAUACCAACACCCGGUGUCCGAGGAUGGGCGUGCGCUCGGUGUCGCAACAGCCAGCUGGCACGAUCCGGCAGCAGGGCGUUCCGGCUGUCGUCAGGGCUGGGCGCGCGGACGGCAGCGCCGCCACCACCGUCUGGCUCGACACUGCCGCGAUCAUCACGAAGACGACGACGGGCGAUUAUUCUGACGGCGAGCGGCGGAGCGGCAGCAACGGGCGUGCUGGCCUUUACGGACGACAUCCGGCAGGGUUACGAGACGGCCGAGCGGGCCGGACGGGUGGCUACAGCGCUGAUGCUGUGCAUCAACGACUAUCGCACGACGCUGAAGCAGCGCGACAAGCUGGACGACGACGAGGUCAAGACGAGGCUGCUCAAGGUAUGCCACCAGCGGUGUGCCGACCGGACGCUGCGGGUGCUGGAAAAGUGCGGUGGUAUCUUUAUCAAGCUGGGACAACAUCUGAGCGCCAUGAACUACCUCCUGCCGAUCGAGUGGACGAGCACGUUUGUGCCGCUGCAGGACCGCUGUCCGGUGUCGUCGCUCGCGUCGAUCGAGGCCAUGUAUCGAGCCGACACCGGCACCGAGCUGUGGGAGACGUUUUCCGACUUUGCGCCCGAGCCGGUCGGCGCGGCCUCGCUGGCUCAGGUACACCUGGCAACGCUGCGGUCGACGGGCGAGCGCGUGGCCGUCAAGCUGCAGCACCCCGGGCUGGCCGAGUGGGUGCAGCUGGACAUGUCGCUGACGGCCUUUACGUUUGCCACGCUCAAGCGCUUCUUCCCCGAGUACGACCUCGAGUGGCUCUCGGCCGAGGUGGCCGCGUCGCUGCCGCAGGAGCUCGACUUCCGUCGCGAGGCCCACAACGCUGCCCGCACCCGCGAUCACUUUGCCGCCCUGCAGCCACAACUGCCUCUCCUCGUCCCCGCCGUCCUCUGGGCUCGUGAGCGCAUCCUCGUCAUGGCCUGCGAGCCCGGCCACCGGCUCGACGACCUCGCCUACCUCGACGACCACGGCAUCGACCGUGACGCCGUCUCGGCUGCCCUCGCCCACGUCUUCAACGAGAUGAUCUUCCGUGAGGGCGUGCCGCUGCACUGCGAUCCUCAUGGCGGCAACUUGGCCGUGCGCGCCAAGUCACGUGGUCUCGUCGAUCACGUGCUCCGCCGCCCCAACUUCGACAUCAUCCUCUACGACCACGGGCUCUACCGCGACAUCCCCCUGGCCCUGCGCCGGUCCUACGCCCACAUGUGGCUCGCCGUCCUCGACGGAGACAUGGACAGCAUGCAGCGCUACGCCCACGACGUCGCCGGCAUUGACGAGGCCCAGUUCCCCCUCUUCGCCUCCGCCAUCACCGGACGUGACAUCAGCGUCCUCCGCUCAGCCUCCAUCCUCAGCCCCCGCACUGCUGCCGAGAAGGACCAGAUGGGCGGCCAGCUGCAGGAGGGCCUGCUCGCCAACCUCGUCCAGUUGCUCGGCCGCGUCCCUCGCGUCAUCCUGCUCAUCCUCAAGACCAACGACCUCACCCGCAGCCUCGACGAGGGUCUGCACACCCGCCGAGGCCCGGUCCAGUCCUUCCUUAUUAUGGCCCAGUACUGUCUCCGUACUGUCUUCUACGAGCAGCUCGACAACAUCCGUGCCGCCCAUGGCUCCCUGCUCUGGCCCACGAAUAGCUUCCGCCUGCUCGCUGCCUGCCUCUCCUAUCUGCAUGGCCGCUCUAAGCUCGAGCUGCUGGACCUCUGGCUGACUGCCCGGAGGCUGGCCGGCUUCCAGACUGACCUGGGAAGCCUGUGA